CCUCCGCCACCCCGGCCAUGGCGCAGAAGCCGAAGGUAGACCCCCACGUCGGACGGCUGGGAUACCUGCAGGCGCUGGUCACGGAAUUCCAGGAGACGGAGAGCCAAGACGCCAAGGAGCAAGUCCUGGCCAACCUCGCCAACUUCGCCUAUGACCCCAGCAACUACCAGUAUCUGCGACAGCUGCAGGUCCUGGAUCUAUUCCUCGAUUCGCUGUCGGAGGAGAACGAGACCCUGGUGGAGUUUGCUAUUGGAGGCCUCUGCAACCUGUGCUCAGACAGGGCCAACCAGGAGCACAUCCUGCAGACAGGGGGCGUCCCGCUCAUCAUCAACUGCCUGUCCAGCCCCAACGAGGAGACUGUGCUGUCCGCUGUCACCACCAUCAUGUACCUGAGCUCGCCAGGCCCCGGCUCCCACCCCGAGCUGACCGCCACGCCCGUGGUCCAGUGCAUGCUGCGCUUCUCUCUCUCGGCCAACACGCGGCUCCGGAACCUGGCCCAGGUCUUCCUGGAAGACUUCUGCUCCCCGAGCCAGGUGGCCGAAGCCCGCCGCCGGCCGGCUCACUCUGCCCUGGGCAUCCCACUGCCAAGGACCGAGGCCCCACAGCAGCCCUGACCCACGGAGACCUCGGGGCCGCGGUUCUCUCACUGCCGGAGACAAGACCGAAAUCCUGGUAGGGGCUGGGAAGCAGGAGCCGCUUAGCUCCCACUGAGCACUUCCCCCCGAUCGGUGCCUUUUCAGCCAUUUUAAAGGCGAGUUUCCUCGGCCUGACAGGCACCGACACAGGAUGCAGGCGUUAGGAGAUGAAUUGAGGAAGACAGACUUUGGGAUGUGGAGAAGGAAGUCAAAGGCAGCGCCUCUUCCUAGGCUGUCCUCAACCAAGGGACGGCCCAGGGCCUGCCACUGAUCCACCCACUGCCAGGCUCUCCCUCCUGUAAGAAGCAACCUGGGCCCACGGGAAGCUGCCCGCACUUGAGGAGGUAGCCUGAUCCCUUCACUGAGGGUCUGCAGUCAUUGUGAGGAGCAGGAGUGAGAAGCCUUGUUGUUAACACUGUCUCAAGGCUCUGGGUAGCUGGGCACCGGGCAUAGUGGGUGUUGGCCCAGAGAGCUCUGUGGCCCAGGAGUAACCAUUUAUCCACACAGGCCAUUUGCCAGGCGCAAUGGGAGGCUUCAAGGAUGAAGACGUGGUCCCUGCUCCUAUGUGACGCAGCCCAAUGUCUGUUAACGUGACCAUCAGGCAUUAAGACCCAGGCCAUGAGGGUGAUGACAGGCACAAACCCUUGGAGCUGCGUCUUAUCCCCUCCCCCCCAUGGUCCUCGCCUGAAAGCCCUGCCAUCAGGGUUCAGUGAGGGGGAGCCCUUGCCCCUGGAAACGCGUCUCGGGAGGCUUUGGGGAUGCAGGUGGAGUGGUGCGCAGGGAGACAGGACCAGAUACUGACCGAAAGUGUGUGGCUUGUCGUCCAGUGUAUGCUGGUCAGCACAGGGAAGGAGUGUGGGCACCCAUGGGAAGCUGGGGUUCAGGAGUGGCG